AUGGAUUUCACAAUGGCCCUGGCAGAAAUCGAAGCAGAAGCACGGGCUCUAGCACUGGUGCACGAGCAUACGCGGGCAUUGGCGGCAGCGGAGUCGGAAGCCGAGGCACGGGCGCAGGCGGCGGUCCUGAGACAGCUGCAGGCCUAUGCAGAGACGGGGGCGGACGCACAGGCUCAGCAAGCAGAGGCGGCACGCAUGGGGACACACGACCGGGCGCGGGCCCGGAUGCAGUGGAAGGAGGAGCAAGACCAAGCGACGGUCGAGGCCCAGGCACGGCUGGCGGAACAGGAGGCCAACCCGAACCGGCAGGAUCUCAGCCCUCGGCAGCUGCGACGGCGCCGGCCGCCCAACUACUUCUACCCGGUGAGCAGGGGCAUAUCCGAGGCGGCGUCGCUGUACGAGGCGCGGGCGGAGGCGCUGGGAGAGGUGGUUGAGGAUUCCCUGCUGGCGGCGGACCGGGGCUCUGACGGGGAGGAGGGCGGGGAGGUGUUUAUCAGACACGGGCUGGUGCACGACGGGGACAUGACGGACCCGCCGCGGCUGACGCAGCUGAACCUGAGCGUGAACAUGCUGAUGCUGGGCCAGAUCACGGAGGACGAGUGGGCGCUUGCACGCCGGGAGGAGAACCAGCGGGCGCGGGCGCGGGAGGUGGUGCUGGGGAAUGUGCUGCGGGGGGUGAGGAGGCGGUUUGACGGGUGGAGGAGGCUGGUGGAGUGGUUGAGGGGGGUGGGGGAAGCGCUGGAGGGGUUUGAGAUGGAGUAUGACGAGGGGGUUGAAGGGGAAGAAAAGGGGGACCUUGCAGGGGUUGAAGGGGAAGAAAAGGGGGACCUUGCAGGGGUUGAAGAGGAAGAAAAGGGGGACCUUGCAGGGUUUGAAGAUGAUAUUGAGACUGAUGAGUGA